UGCAAUUUAGCCCACAAACAAUAUUAAAUAGCAUCCCAUGUGGUUGAGGUUCUUUUGUUUAGGUAGAAGUGUAAAAAAAGAGCCAAAAAAUUUCUUGACUUGACCUAUUCAAUGUGCUCUAGCAGUAGUUAUAGCUUUUAUUCCAACCCUUAUCUCUCUUUCACUCUUCUUCUCCUGCAAACAUACUUUUCCUACAUUUCUUCCACUCUUUGUCUCCUUCUUUCUCUCAAGAAAAUGACUAAAGAUGAAGACUUUAAUCUCCUCAAAAUCCAGACAUGUGUGCUUAGAGUGAACAUACACUGUGAAGGAUGUCAGCAGAAAGUGAAGAAAAUUCUUCAGAGAAUUGAAGGUGUGUACCAAGUAAAGAUAGAUGCAGAGCAACAGAAGGUGACUGUUUCCGGCAACGUCGAUUCGGCAACUCUGGUGAAGAAACUGGUGAAAGCUGGCAAACACGCCGAGCUCUGCUCCCCAAAAUCCAACCAAAACCAGAAACAGAGCAAAACCGCUCCCACCAAAGAAGACAACAACACCCCCAAAUCAAAGAAACCGCACGUCCCCAAAAACAAACACAACAACAACGAUGAUCAACAGCAGCAGGAGGAAGACGAGAUGCAGCUGAUCAGAGACAAGAUCAACCACCUCUCCCUCCUCAAGCAGCAGGCGGACGCUGCCGCGGUCAAGCGCAGCAAUGCCGCCGAUUCCGGUGCUAGGAAAAUGAACAACGCUGUUGCCGGUGGUGCUAGUAAUGGUAAGAAGGGGAAUCAGACUACUAACAUGAGCACAAACACGAACACGAACAUGUCUGGGAAUGAGUUGAGUGCGAUGAUGAAUUUCGCGGGUUUUCAUGGAAAUGGGAGUGGGAAUAAUGGAAUGUACGGGGCCCAGCGGCCGAGUAAUUUUAAUUAUUCGGCCGUGCCAGGAGGGGAGUAUGCGUACCAUGUACCGGCCUCGGGGUUUGUGAACUUGCAAGGCCGGUAUGGGGGUUUCCAGCACCAGCACCAGCAGCAACAGAUGUUGUACAAUCAGAGCGCGUUUGUGCCUCCGAGCACCAGUUAUUACUAUAACUAUGGGCCGGAGGCGUACGUCGGCGGUGAUUAUGGUGGUGGUGGUGGUGAUCGUGUGUUUGGUGAUGGGAGUGAAGGGGGUUGUAGGGUUAUGUAGUUUUGAAUCAUUGUUGGAUUUAGUUUUUUUUUUUUUUUUUUUUUUUUUUUUUUUUUUUUUUUUUUUUAAUUUGAGUUUAUUUAUAUGUUUGUUGUAGUGUGGACUAUUUCUUGAUUUUCUAGUAUGUUUUGAUUUUGAGUUUUGUUGGACUAUUUGGGUUUCGAUGUUAUGAUGGAGAUGAUAGUUGCUAAAAGAAGAAUUUAUUAUUACCUGA